GUUACCAGUUUCAGUCAAGAAGUAAAGAUAGAAACAUCCCCAGACUACGAUACAAGCAAUGGCUGAUGGACCGAAUGCUGUUGAGUUUGAGGACGACGAAGAGUGCUGGAUGAGGCUGGAGGACCACAGAAUGCUUCUCAUCAAGACCAUUGAGCCUUCACGAAUAAUACCAUACCUGAGACAGUGUAGGGUGCUUAACAGUGAGGACGAGGAACAGAUUUACAAUGAUCCAAGUUUAGUCAUUAGACGGCGAAAAGUAGGUGUACUGCUAGAUAUCUUACAAAGGACAGGUCAUAAGGGCUAUGUGGCAUUCCUUGAGAGUUUGGAACUGGACUACCCUCAGCUGUAUCAGAAAAUAACAGGCAAAGAGCCAUCAAGGGUCUUCUCAAUCCUUGUUGAUACCGCAGGUGAGUCAGGUUUAACUCAGUUUCUCAUGAGUGAAGUGACUCGGCUUCAGAAAGCGCUUCAGGAUGAGUGCAAAGCAAGAUUGGCAGCAUCUGCACAGAUGGCUGAGCAUGCUGACACCAUUCGCCAGCUGCAGACACGAGAAUGUGAGGUUCGCAAACAGCAAGAGCGUGUACAGCGCAUGCGUGAAGAACGGGACCAAAUGUGGGACAAGGCACGGCACUUGAAGGAUGAAAAUUACAAGUUGAUGAGUGACAUGAACCGACUAAGUGAGGAGAAGAACUGUGCUCUCAUGUGUAAUCGGGACCUACAGCUGGAAAUUGAGAGGCUGAAGCACAGCUUAAUGAAUGCCGAGAGCAAUUCAAAGAUUCAACGUAAACGUACUAUUACCCUUAAAAAUGCUAUGGAGCAGAGGCCUAGCCAAGAAAUGAUGUUGGAGCUUCAGAAAGAGAAUGAUCUUCUCAGAGCUCAAGUGCAGGAGCUUCAGAGCUCUUCCCAGGUUCAAAUGCCAACAGACAAUGAGAAGCCAAGCACUGAGUCAGUGGAAGAUUUCAAGAGGCAAAGCCAGGCACAUCAAGAGCUACUCAAUGAGCUUUAUGAAUUACGCAGGGAGCUACAUGACGCUGACGAGCUACGAGAUAAGUACCUGGAAAAGAAGGAUGAACUGGAAUUGAAGUGUGAGAUUUUAAAGAAAGACUCAAAAAUGUACUGCAAUCGCAUGGAGGACAUUUUAAAGCAGCUAGAAGAAGUCAUUAAAGAAAGAGACAAGGCGAUUUCUUCGAGAGAAGAGUACCAUCAGGAGAACUGUAAAAACCUUCAGGACAAGGAUCGUUACCGCAAGCAGCUCCGAGAGAUGGGAGAACGUUAUGAUGAGCUCCAGGUCCAGUUAUUCCGCACUCAAGCAGAAACCCUUGCUCUUCAAGCAAAACUCAGGAGACAGAACCACUUCCAUAAAUCACUAGGAAGUACAGAAGGUAAUUCUUUUUGGAGCAAAAUGGAGCUAAAAAGCCAAACAAGUGAGGAAGAUUUCAAGGAAAGAUAUGAGAAAGGUGGAAGUGAUGAUUCCCAAAGCCCAACCUCAGAGGAGUACAAUAUCUGCAUAAAUAUUAAAGAUCCGUGUACCUCAGACAGUAAGGAAGAAAGUUAUCGGGAAAGGGUGUUCACCGAAGAGGAAUUGUCAUCCAGCUACCCACCCAGGCCAAGAUGCAAUUUUUAUUACAGAAGGAAACGUGCCUUGAGAACAAAAGCAACUGUUAAAGACUGUGCUAAAGAGUGCUCACAGUGUGAUCUGGACAACUCCAGUGGGAGUUGUGAUAACACAGACACAGAUGGGAUUUGAUAUAAGCCUACCAAGGAGACAACGUUUUGCAUUGCCUAAUAGCCGACGUCAACCUACAGAAAAGACUGGAGAUGGAGAUGAUGAUUAUUUAUUAUUUUUAUUAUUAUUAUUAUCGCCUAUCAACCCAAUUCUAUCCUCAGAAUUAUUGAUGACACUGAUUCUUAAAGUAGUGCAAUAUGGUCAGUUAAAAUAUGGCGUUUUAGAAUUUCCUAUAAAUACAUAUAGACCUAAGUGGUGAAUUUAAAAGCAGGUUUGUUACACUACGCGGAUUACGUUGAAACAUAUUGGAUAUUUGCUGUAUAUCAGGUUUAGCUGGCCUUGUCAAAAGACAACACACAUAGGAAGUCUUUGUGUGUGUGUGCACUAGUUAGAUUCACCUCAUGAACGAAACAUCACUGAGCUGUUUGACAAUUUUCUGAAGAUCCAAUAAACCUCGCUUCUUUUAAGUUUUGCAGCUUCAUGU